AUGGAAAAUACUAACAAGAGAACCCUGACAUUGUUGUCCUCUUUCCAAAUUGCGAUAUCCGUCUUAUUUUUCGUUCUGGGAUUGGUGGACAAACUUGAAAUCCGCUAUCUGUAUGUUAGCCUCGCGGCUUCGCCAUGUUGGAUUAUUCCUCUGGUAAGUCAGUGCCUCUGAUUUCUACCUGUUUCUAAAUUUAUCAAUGACUUAACUCUUUGUAAGAUUAUAUCUCGUCAUGGAUAAAGGUUUUACUACUUCAGUGAUGAUACAAGUGAAGAGAAAACCUUCUGAACUUUUUGCCUUGGGAUCUUAUUUUGAUCUGUAUGUUUACAAGUAAUUCAUCUGAUUCGGUAGGAGUAGUCGUCUCGCUUUCACAGAGAACAGGUCAAACAACAGAAACCAAUUUGCGAAAGCUCAUAAUUGUUAUUCCAAUUAUUCUUCUAUUCAAUUACAAAACAUUUGGAAAGUGCACUUAAAAAGUUCUAUGUUUUCGACUGCCAAUGUCUCGAUGGAUCUGUCAAUAUACUUCCCGUCUUGCCGCUAAGUGUUUUCAGCGAAGGGUAGGCUUGGAUAAAUUCUUCCGGCAGAAUUUCGAGCAGAAUAAGCGAUUUUUGAGGCGAGCAUUCUGCCGGUAGAAUAAGGCAUUUGCGAGCAGAAUUUGAGCAGAAUAAGGGGAAAUCAGCGGCAGUAAUGAUAUGCAUAUCAGUUGAAAGAAAAAUUUAAAACAAAAUAAAAAACACACGGAAAAUAAUUACAAUUCUGCAACACAUAAUGAAUAUCUAAUUAGGUUUUAAUGGUUAGGUCGAGGCUCCCCUCUAUAUUUGCGCAAAUAAACAUGUGCCGAAAAUUUUUUUCCGAUACCGAGCAGAAUUCGAGCAGAAUAAGGGCGUCCGAGCAGAAUUUUAAGCAGAAAAAGCGAUUUUUAAGAGCACUGCUGGCAGGCGGAAUAAGCCAUUUUAAGAGCAGAAUUUAUCGAAGCCUAACGAAAGUUCGGAAGCUCGUUAUGUUGGGAAAAAUGCAAGUAUGGUUACAGUAACUAGUUAUUUUAUACGAAUAAAGCCCGUGUUUUUUUCCACUUAAUUGUGAACGAACUCGCCAAAUACGACAAGAAACAUCUCAGAAGUUUGAUCGACGCCGUUAUUACAGUAAAAACACGCGUAUAAGAACCUAGUGAGUUAAGAUCCUACUGGCUGGAAUUUGGCAUUUAAGUACCCAAAAAUAUAAGAACCUUUUCAGCCUGGCAAAGGAAAACAGGUUCUUAUACAAAAAUAAUCACUUCAAUUUUGAUGGUCAAAAUUCUCGAUUUUAAUUUUGUGAGAAACUUUUGACAAAAGGUUAUUGUGAAUAUGUUUUCUUUGAUUUACACUUGUUUGGAUUUUCACUAGAAGUAUGUUUUCCAUAAAGCUACCGUGCAAUAUAGACGAUUCUAUAUCUUUUAAAAAAUAUAGAGACGCAUUGAUGUUCUUCUUGGACCUUGAUUGUUUGUCAUUAUGUAUUAGUAGUACAAUAUUUCUGCUAAUGGUUAUGCUAUGACAACCUCUGAAAAAUAAGAACCUUUUAAGAACCUAAUCAGCCUGAAUUGUGAAAAACUACCCUAAAAUAUAAGAACCUGUUCAGCUUGAGGUCAAAAAUUCUAGGUUCUUAUAUGUGGGUUUUUACCGUAUUUGGAUUAUUCCACACAAUUUGAGCAAUUUCGUUCGUACCGUGCGCUGACAUUCCGCAAGUUGGCUUAUUUACGCAUUUGCAAACUACUCCAAUGUUAAGGAUGCGAACGACUCCGCACAUAUAAUACUAAAAGCAACCUUAUAUUGCCGCAAAGAAACCUCCGGCGCUUUUCAUUCAAAAAUUGCGGUUUGAAAUUUUUCACGUUCCCAAUGGAACGGUACUUUCCGGUUGCACAGACCCGACCCAAGCCACCGCGCGUUUGGUUAUUGUUCUUGUAAGCAGGAUUCAAAAGAGCGGUACUGGAGACAACAAUUUUGUCAAAUAGAAAGGGAAAUUUCGGUCCGACCGACCGAAAUGACCAGACCGGUCAAAGUAGACCACCUUCAAAGGUGGUGCCAAACAUUCCGGUCGGACCGAGCCGAAAUGGUCUGUUCCAUUUGAUUUCCAACCGAAAUUUCCGGAAUUUUGGGUUGAGUGGAAAGCGCCCGAAGGGUUAUGAUGACACAAUGACGAUGGCAAUGAUAGAAAAACAAUGUCUUUUUAAAGAGAAAAACUACAGCACUGCAAGUACACUGCUAAACAGUCGGUUUUUUUUUCUCAAAAUAGGCUUAGCGCAGCUUAAGAGUCUCACGCCCGAAGCGCGCCAAGCCCAGAAAAAAAGCGUCUCUCCCCAGUGUCGCACCUUUUUCGGCCUUGCUCCAGACCUUUUGUUUGACUGCUCGCGAGAACUUGAACGCCAAAAUAUGGAUUGUUUUGCAGUCGGUCUACACUGCAAGUGAAUAACGCUUUUUUUAUUAUCGUCUACAACGUGAAACGUUCUAAUGCGACGUGAGGACAAGGACAACGAAUUUCCUGUCUCGUUGUAAACCUGGGCGUGGUCCUUAAAAAGUCACUUUCUACAGAGACAUUUGGCUACAUUAAAUAAUGUAUAUUGACAAACUAGGCAAGGCUAAAUAAACACAAUAGACAGGUUGAAAUAAGGCAAGUUCAUUUUAGUAACGUUUUCACUCACUGUUGUCUCUGCGGUAGAAAUACGCUAUGGCUCAUGCUAAGUCAAUGAUAGUGUUACAUAAUAAAUUUUCUUUAAUGAUCUUUAUAUCAUCUAUAUACAUGUCAGUCUAAUAGCCCACGUUCGAUAUGUCAAAAUUCUGACAUGACUCCAAGGCUUUCUGGUCAUAUAGGACACUCACGCUGACGACUCCUAUUGAUAUUGAUGUGCCAACCAGAAGCGCAUUGGUUCUUUUACUAGACUUCACCUCUUUUGUUUCACUCGUUACGAAUUUAAAUAAGCAGUGAUGACCCCUAUAUUUGUCAUUGGUUUGGUCUUCUUGGUGUCUCUUCCGCGGGAAUAAAGGGGGACAAUGGAAGUCAAGUUAGAAUUUUGAUAGACCGACCGUUGGCUAAUAUACAUUUAUUUUAAUUUUUUGUUUAUUUUUCGCUUAUCGGUAUAUACAGCUGUACAUAUCCACUUCAGGAUGUGUAUAUGUCGAUAGGAGUUAUUUUGUUAACAGUGUCCCCAGUUAGUAUUUUAGCUAUAUAAAUCGUCUGAUUCUCCAACGAAAUACUUGAAUACAUAUAAAAAUAAUGUAUAUAAGUAUGUAUUUCAUUCUGUUCUUUGUAUUUACUGUUCAGACUCUUGCAAAUGGCAUCAUGGGACUUGUUUUAAGCCAAAGCCGUAAAAGAUCUGCAAAUCUGGUAAGAUUUUCUCGAUAAGCACUCGUAAACGCCUGACAGACGAAAGUAAUUUGUUCACACAGCCAAGUCCCACAAACCAGUCAAAACCUACAGAACUGAAAAUGGUAUUUUGACCUUUUAAUUGCGUUUAGUUCUCCGUAUGCACGCCUUAUACUUCAAAUGCGGAGAACCGCUUUAUGUCAGUCUAAAAAUAAACGCCGUGACGUAGGCCUAGUGUGAGAGUUGCUCGCUCCAUGUUAUAAACUCCUGAUAUGUGCCUAUUCAAAAGUGCAACUUGUUCUUUUAAAUAACAUUACUGAGUCAUCUCUGUAGUAAACUUUAUAAUUUAUUGAUUUCAAUCUCUUUAGAUCCAUGCUAUUUGGUCGGUUAGCGUGGCAUGUAUUAUCUACUCCGCUAUUACAGUACUCAGGUAUCAGACUUGGGGGGUCGAGUGGCUGAUGCAUAAUAUUAUCACCGAUACCUCAGGCAUCUACCAAACUGAAAAAUGGUGGUUUGUAAAGAAAAAUGUCCAGCUGAAGUACACUGAGCAGGAAAAUAAGGCAUUUGCUGUAUUUGGCAUCAUCAUUGUGUUCUCCAUGAUUGAAAUUAUCCUGGCUGCUGCUUUGGCAAAAGUCAGCGAUUCAAGCCACAAGGGGGCUCAACAGCCUGCCAUCCCUAUGUACUAUGGGAUGUACUAUCAGGUACGGCAAAAAUGGCAUUGUGAAAUGUAACCAUCCUAUGAAACAGACAUGUGUUUUUUUAGUCUAAUUAUUACACUUCUGUCAUAAAUGGGGCGGGGGAGGGGCAUAGACGUUGCAGUCGCUUAAUCCUUAAGAUUUCGCUUAAGAUUUCGUAUGGGUGGGUCUGUCAAGCAAAUUGAUUCAAUUACACCGACCUGGUAGCGGCAACUGGGAAGAAUUGUGGUCUGGCCUGUAUCUGACGAAUUAUUGGAAACAAAUAUAAACUUAUUGAUGGACAGUUAGCCUUGCUUUUUUCACUGUUUACUCACAAAAACAUUUUGCUGGCUUGAUCCAUUAGGAUCUGGCAUCUUUGUUUUGCACGUUAGCAUUUGCUAUUUAUUUACAAGAUAUUUUUUAACUGCAUACUACUAUUACUACAUGCUUUGCAACAGCCUUUGUUUACUAAUGUACAGUUAUAAAUGAUUAGAAUUUCACAACGAAUUCGCAAACAGAAGAAGAAAUGAAAUAACAAAGUAACUUUAUUCGUCUCUUUUCCUUUAACAGCCAGUUGGCCAAGUCAGUGGGUUCCCGGGACAAACCAGUGCAGACACUGGCUCCGGCGCACGCCUAAUUUCUGCCCAGGAUAUGCAACCUGCUCAUAAUAACAUUUCUCCUCAUUAG